ACUGCCGACUGGCCGAAUUUACAACCAAAUAAACUGUAAAUAAACAAAGCACAACUCCGCGUUGUAAACCGCAAGCAAGUCGACCGACACACACCGGCACUGGCCGGUAAACCAUGAACCGGAGCCGCAGGACGGUUGACGCUCCGGUCGGUCCGACGGGCUCCCCGCUGCACACGGCCCCAUCAAAACCAAACCGACUGAGGAGAAGCUUCAGGCAGACUGAGGAUGUGGACUCUCCAACGGAAUUUAAGACCCCGACCAGGAUCCCCAGAUCCAGAUCCAGAGCCGGAGGUGGUUUCAGUGUUGAGUCUCCAAACAACGACUGUGACUUUCAGCAGGACAUCAUCUGGGACGCCACCUCGCCUUCACCCAACAGACACGGAAAAAGAGGCAAGAAUCAGAAGCCUCCUGUAGUUGUGGACAUCUCAGAAAUAGUUAGCAGGAUCGCUCCAAAGCACGGCAGGCCGACGGUUGCGGAGCCGACUUUACAGCAGUGGAUCGGAGACAGCGCCACCAUUCCCUGCACGCCCGAUGUUCGAGUUCCCAGACCCAAGAAGAAAUCCCCGCGGCCAAACGGAGUGGACGACCUGCUGAAGCUCGCCAAACAGUUCGACUUCAACAUGUUUCGUCAGGAUGAAGAAGACGUGGAGAACCUGCACCGGCAGAGUCUGGAGCUCCUGUCGGAGGACAUCUUGGAUUUGGAGAACGAUGAUCAAAACAACGUUUCACUGUCGCUUCCCGUGAAUUAUCAACCGGCCGUGAAGGCGGACGAGCAGCUCCCCCUGGAUCAACAUAUGGAGGACGAUUUGGAUUUCCUGUUUGACGGACCGACCCAGCGCUUAAGCGGAAAUGUGAGUCAGGUUUCGUCAGCUCUGCCGUCACAAGUUAAACCUGCUCCCAAAGAGGCUUCUGGGAAACCGCCCGCUUCCUCACACGGUCCCACUUCUGGUGUCUCCACGACGAACGCUAAAGUCACUUCAGCGAAAGACGAGUUUGAGGACGACUGGGAAAACGAUGACUUGCUGAACGACUCGUUAGUGUUGGAGAUGACACAGAAUCCACAGAAGUUCACCGAUCCACAGCACUGUUCAACCCAGAAACCACCCAGUCAAAUACACAAUCACAGGGAAAGUCCAGCAAACGUAGUCCAGUCUGUUUCUAAAGGGGAAAAGGACAACGUGAGACAAAGAACGACGUUCAAACUGGACUCUAAUCCUAGUUUUUCUUUCAACAGAAUCCAGACGCACUCAGAAACAGUUAGAGACUCUCAGCAGAGCAGGUUUCCUUCUGGUCACAGUGUUUCAGUCGAGGCGGGAUCUCGGCGUACCGGGCAAACAUCAAACCCGGCGAAGUCCGAUCCACAGAAACCACCGUUUCAUCAAAGGACUUCUGUUGCCAAAUACAACGCGACAGCAUCGAACACAUCAGCGUCAAAAAACGCCCAAAGCUUUCCAGUGAAACCUGCGACCGUGUCGUCCCGCGGCGAGGCGCCUGCUGUCUCCGAGGACCCGUCCCCGCUCUUCUCCUCUGACCCGGUUUGGGACGACCCCGCCGACGACGACCUGCUGUGUGAAAUGUGCGAAGACGUGGAGAACCGGCUCCACGGCGCGGAGAAUUUGUCCGCCAAGCAGACUCCCCCCGGGAGUCACAUGUCAAACCAGAGAGCUUCUUCGCCGCUGGCCAACAGGAACCGACUGCCGGCCGGUCGGCAGACUUUUGACCCCAAAAAACAAACGCCCGCAAGUCUUCCCUGUGCUUCAGGAAGACCGGCUGGCAGUUCGUUGACCGGUAGUUCCGUCUCUAACAUCGCUGCAGGUGUACAGAUGACGGAUUCUUUCAGAUACACACAAACGAAAAACCCUUCCGCCUCCACGAACGGCUCGACGUGGACGCGGGGGAGCAGCCGGGUCCAGUCGGCACCGCGGGGAAACCCCGGCAAAGACCAGUUCACCUUCAGGAAGCCAGACAAGCCGGUUUCUACAGUGACCAGCAAAGUUGUGGGUUCGUGUUCAGCAGCAGAGAUCGAGCAGAAGAAGCAGCAGGCGAUGGAGAGAAGACGACAGCGACUGCAGGCCGCCCAACACCACCGAGCUCCCACCUGACGGAGUGAACCGGCCUUGUGUCGCCUCACAAACCUGUCUCACCUCGCCUGUCUCACCUCGCCUGUCUCACCUCGCCUGUCUCACCUCACCUGUCUCACCUCACCUGUCUCACCUCGCCUGCCUGGAGAGUAAAACAGACUACAAAACUGCUGGCAGAGCUCCACCUGUUCAGCGCUGCUGUUAGCUGUUAGCUCUGUUUGUUAGCAGAAUACAUUUCUGAUGACUUUGUCAGAUGUUUCGCCAACAUUUGUCGUACAAAUAUAUAAAGAUUAUACUGUACACGUGCUGUAAUUUGAUGUUUAUGUCGUAUUUCUAAUUUCUUUUUUAGAGGGGGAUUAGGUGUGUGUGUGUGUGUGUGUGUGUGUGUGUGUGUGUUGACAAGUACAGAGUUGCAGUCAGGACGUACUUAGCCUAGCUUAGCGUAAAGACUGUAAGCAGAGGGAAACAGCUAGCAUGGCUCUGUCUAAAAUACAUCUAGCAACACCUCAAAAGCUCACUGAGGCGAGGCUAGCAGUUUCCCCCUGCUUCCAUUCUUUAAGCUAAGCUAGGCUAACCACGUCCUGACUCCAGGUCUGUACUCACUCAACACAGACACAAGAUUGGUAUCGAAACGCAUGGAAAGAAAAGCAGUUAAGUUGAACUUUUUCCUUUUUAAGGACAGAUUAUACUACAACAGUUUGGGGGGUAAUUUGUACUGAGGAGAUGGCUAACAGUUUAGUUCAUGCUAGCACUUUCCCCCUGCUUGCAGUCUUUAUGCUAAGCUAGGCUAACCACAUACCGAACGGCUCAUGUAAGACAUUCUUAUUGUCAAAUUUAUUUCUCGUUUCUUUUUUGAUCAUGAACACGAGGAGUCACUUUUCUAACCCGUAUGUCUACGUCUGUUUUUCUAGU